CUUUGGUUCUUGUUGCAUACUCUGAUAUUGCUACAUCAAGAUUGGUAAAGUUUAAAGAAAAAUUUAAAGGUCCUUAUUAUAUAUAUCAGAAAUUAGAAAAUGGUGCUUAUAAACUACAAACUAAAGAAUAUGACCGAGUUCUUAAGCUAUAUAUUAAUAGUCAACGACUUAAACUAUACUAUGAUCAAACUUUAUUUGAACCUACAAUUAUUAUAAAUUAG